AUGGUACAUAGGUGUGAAAACAAACUUACGCAAACUAGACUUGAAACAUAUAUCACUGUUCUGAUACGUUGUAUCAAUAGUGAUACACCCAUCCAGAAGCAUUUUUCGGCUUACGAAAUUAUUGAGAUUCUACAUUAUGGAGCAGAUUUAUUCUUGAAAGAGCCAAUUUUAUUAGAAUUUAAUUUAACGAACGAUGGUCUGACUGUAGUCGGUAAUUUACGUGGUAGCAUUCAUUCACUCUUACGAUUGUUUGAUGAUUUUGGAUUACCUUCAACAAGACGCUAUUUAUUUCUUGGUGGUUAUAUUGGUCGUGGAAAGCAGCAAAUUGAAAUAAUCAUACUACUGCUACUAAUGAAGCUUCGAUGGCCAGAAGAUGUGAUUCUUUUGCGCAGUAAUCAUGAAACAAUGGAAGCGAUAAACACUGAUGAUGUACCAUCAACAAGCCAUCAACAUCAUUUUGCUGAAGUGGUAAAAAUACCGUUUUCUGUUGUCAAAAAACUGUUAAUUUAUAUUAAUUCAGUGUCAGUCCCAAUAUCCUUCAGAGCCAAACAUGUAUUUCCUGUUCAAUCAGAUGUUCGACAUCAUGCCCAUAGCAGCAAACGUUAUCUAUGCUGCAGUGGUGGUGUAAGUCAAUGGAUGACCUGUCUUGAUAAUAUUCGUGACAUUCCUCGACCCGUCUAUGCGAAGAAAAUGAAAUUUCUGGAAGCAUGUUUGGUAGCAGAUAUUCUUCAUGCUCAACCAAAUAAUACAAUAGAAAAGGCAUUUGAACCAUCAAGAUCAGGAGUAAGUUAUAUGUUUAGCAAGAAAGGUCUUCAAUCAGUGUUGAGUGCACUAAAACUAAAAACAUUAAUAAGAACUGGCGAGAAAGGCUGUACUUAUUUGACUAGCAUAUUUCCGAUUGGUGUAGUUCGAAAUUUCAAGGAUGAUACCUGUUUUACUCUUAUCUCCUCACCAAAUCCACAUGUUAGUUCUUGUUCAACGAUACAUCUCGUUUAUAGUUUUAAAAGUCAUGCUAUUGAAGAAGUAUAUCUACCUGAGAAUGAUACCGAUACAAUGGCGGUAACCUGUCGUCGAAUUAUGAGACAAUUAAGAAGAAGUUUUGAAGCAAAUUUUACAGAAAGAUCAAGAUCUGAAAUUUGCAAUUGGUGCAUGAAUAUUCCACCCAGUUAUUUCCAUUUAAGAGCUCGUUUUUAUACGCAUCGUGAUAUGGACAUUUGGAUAAAGAAGUUUGCAUAUGAUUGGGCACACGCGGAUGAGAUUUUUCAAUUGAACGAUAAUUUACACAAAUCUAAUCCAAUGAAUCCAUCUCACGAGGAAAGACGAAUUCGACGAAGCGCUGAACUUUUUCCUGCUUUCUACGAUUUGCGAUUUUUAGAAGGUGGCAAUCUCAAUAAAGGUGGCACUUUUCGAGUUCUCAUCGAUGAUGAUAAUGAUGAAUAUCAACAGUUCAUGAAAGCAAUCUAUCCGGGUUCGCAUCAUCUGUUUGACUCAGAACCAUUUUCGGCAUACGAUUCGAAAUUACUGGAUAUCGAUAUGACAGGAAGCGAUGAGAAUUGUUGUCGCAGACCGAUAGAAAUAGAGGAUGAAGACGAAGGUAUUGCGUUCUAA